AUGAGAGAUGAAAUUGCAACAGCUGUUUUCUUUGUCACAAGAUUGGUGAAAAAACAUGAUACACUGAGUAAACAGCAAAUAAAAGACUUUGCAGAAAGGCUGAUGACAAUCUUGUUUGAAACAUACAGAAGUCACUGGUACCCUGAUUGUCCUUCUAAAGGUCAAGCCUUCAGGUGUAUCAGGAUAAAUGAUCAGAAUAAAGAUCCCAUUCUAGAAAAGGCUUGUGCUGCGAGUAAAGUAGAUUUUUUUCACCUGGGACUUCCAAAAGAGAUGACCAUAUGGGUAGAUCCCUUUGAAGUGUGCUGUAGGUAUGGUGAGAAAAACCAUCCAUUUACAAUCGCUUCUUUUAAAGGCAGAUGGGAGGCAUGGAAACUAUCUCAACUCAUCAGUUAUGCUGUCAAUAGGGCCACGUUAGACGACUGCUCUGGUUCUUCCUCAGAUGAAGAAAGUUAUAGCAGGGAACCUCGGGUCAUUCCCAAGGUCAACAAUCCAAAGAGUAUUUAUCAGGUCAAGUGUGUUCCAAGUUCUUCUCUAUACUUCUUGUUAUUCUAACUCUAAA